AUAAUACAAUUAAAAGGGGCACACUGCUCCCCUUGGUUCUUUGGAGAGUGGAGAGAAGGGUUGGUUACCUGUGGCCCCAUUUCCAUCUCUGAGGUCGAGAAACCCUUGGGUUGGGAUUCGCCAUGGCGGCGAGGAUCGCCGCGAGGUACGUCGCUCGGAGGCUCUCCUCCGGCGGCAAGGUCCUCAGCGAGGAGGAGAAGGCAGCGGAGAACGUUUACAUCAAGAAAAUCGAGCAAGAAAAGUUAGCGAAGCUUGCGCAUAAGGGACCGAAACCAGGAGAGCAAACCCCAGCAAAACCAGAAACUCCAGCAGCUGAUGUGAAGCCCGGCACACCUCCAGGGUCAUCAACAGCUAGUGUUUCAACUGACAAGAACCGCAACUAUGCCGUUCUUGCUGGGACAGUUGCAGCUGUUUGUGGUCUCGGUUGGUAUCUCUUGUCCAAACCAAAGAAAUCUGAAGAAGCUAUCGACUGAGGCUUGUCUGUUAACCAGAUGGUGAACUGACCAAUUUACAGUUUCCAUGUUUACCUACUUUGCACUGCACUGUUAUCGAUACAGAAAGAAGUAAAAUGCAUCUUUCUAAAUAAGUUUCAUUUUCUCGCUAA